AAAACAUUGGAUGAUCGCUCCCAGACGGGAUAUUCAGCCAAUAGUCAUUGGCUUUUGAAAGGGUGGGUGGGGCUAUCUGAAGCCCCACCCCCUUUUACAUGUGGACAGUACAGGUAGUCCUCGACUUACAACGACAAUCGGGACCCAUCACGUAAGCCAGGCAGUUAUCGAGUUAUUGCGCCCAAUCGAGGAGCUUCAUGCCAUCGUCGUUCAGUGAGUCACGCGGUCAUUAAGCACAUCUGGCUUGUUUAAAAAAAGCGGUGGUUAUUAAGCAUAUAGGGGUGCCGUUAAGCAAGCCCCACGGUCGUUAAGCAAAUCCGUUUUAGCUCAAUGGGCAUUUUUGCACCCAGAAUUCCACCAGGGGGCAGCAGAGGAAACGAGGUUUAAUUCCGCUCGAUUCUAUUAACGUUUUAAUCGAUGGGAUGUUUAGAUACGUGGCCCUCACCUCGCUCCAGAAAUUGUUGCAAACGGAAAACAACGCUGUCCAGAGACACCGAACCACCGUCCUCGGCUGCCUGACGGAUCCCGACUCGACGGUGAAGAGGAGAGCCCUCCAGCUGAGUUUAUCCCUGAUCAACCACGCUAACAUUCGCACAACCACUAAGGAAUUGCUCGCCUUCAUGGAAAGCAGCUCACCGGAUCUGAAGUCAGAGUGCGCUUCCGGAUUGUUCCUGGCUGCCGAGAACUUCGCGCCCAACAAACGGUGGCACAUCGAUACCAUCCUCCAGAUUCUGAUCAUGGCGGGCUGCUACAUCCGGGAUGACGCCGUCCCCAACCUCAUCCACCUGAUUGGAGGUGCCAAGGAGCUUCAUAGUUACGCCGUGCACCAGCUGUACGCCGCAGUGAGCCAAGAUAUCGCCCAGCAACCUUUGGUCCAAGUGGCCACCUGGUGCCUUGGCGAAUAUGGACACUUCCUUCUUGACGGGAAUUGCGAUGAGGUAGAGCCGCAGCAGGUAGACGCCGAGGACAUGCUGAGCUUGCUGGAACGUGUCCUCCAGUCACAUCUGUCCCUGCCCUCCACCCGGGCCUACGCUCUCACCGCCCUCAUGAAGCUUGGGACGCGCCUCCAGGACGUUGACAUUAACCGGAUUCGGAGUUUGGUUUCGAUUUAUUGUAGCUGCCACGAUGUGGAACUACAACAGAGAGCAGUGGAAUACAACACCCUUUUCCGAAAAUACGAUCACCUCAGAGCCUCCAUCCUGGAAAAGAUGCCGGUGGUGGAGAAAUUUGGGGAUGGCAAGGAAAACCAGGAAACAGACCAGAAUGGAAAUGAGAUUGUUACCCCAAUCGUCCUGCAGGGGGAGCCAUCCACCGAUCCCAAACCCCAAGCACCUAAGGAGUCCUUCCAAGUGCAGCUUUUGGCUCCCAGCGGCUCUACCGUCCCAAGCCACGGAGGGCCCCCCAUCACCCAAGUCAUCCGAGUGUUGAACCCCAAACAGAUCCCUCUUCGGAUGAGGCUACGCAUUUCCUACACACUGCCUUCCGGAGCUGUUGUGCAACACGUCGAAGAACUCAACUCGUUCCCGGAGACUGCGUGGAAGUGAAUAGUAGCUUACUCAAGGAGUAAAGAACUCCUGGAGUAACAGCUGGCGGUAUUUGUGUUCCCUUUAAUUGUGUGCUGGAAUAAACAUGUGUUGUUACCCCAGAAAA